AUGCAUAAUCAAGCCGGUAUCGAGACUUCUAGAUCCAUAUGCCAACGCCAGGAACGGUUGAUUAGUGACCAGGUGGUUGGAAAGUUCCACGACUUUCUUGCGAGCAGUAACCGCACUCCUCAUCCUCGCCUUGACGGGCCGAUAUCCGAUCAUUUUAUCAUAAAGGUUUGGAUUCAAUUCCCCGGAAAGGCGAGCGAGGUGGAGGUCAAGGCCAUGGUUGCGCGUUGUUUGGCGCACAAACAAUCUGCUGUGAGGAAUAUCUGGCUUUCAUUCACGACGAGCUUGCGGUCAAGAACUCGAACGGACAUUGCGUUGCGUCGAACUAUUAGAAGAAUGGGACGAGACACGAUCCGAGUCAUAUCCAAGAUACCCUUAUCAUUCUCAGUAGACAACCCAGAAAGUCUUGAGAAUGUUGAGAACCGAUGGGUACCAGAAAUUAGUCCCAUACAUCCUCGUGCGGCGAAUCUCAGACGACCGAAUCAGCCAGCUCAACCCAAAGUCAAUAGCGCAAAGAGGAAGAGAUACUGGUCAUGGAGAAGUCAUAUUUGUACGAACCGGUUGGCAGCUUGGGAUUCGGAUGCUUCGUCGACAUAG